AUGAAGUAAAAUAAUAAAUCCCCUGCCCCUUUUGCUAUCACUGAAGAAAAACAAACCAUUGAAACUAUGCUAAACCUUGUUAAACUCCAAACUUAAUAACUCAAAGAUUAACAGCUUCAAUAAAGCAAUGAAAUCAAGUUGUUGAGCAAAGCCUUCAGGGACUAAAAUUAAUCCAUCUUAUAAAGCUAAAAUCAAGAAUACUUCUCUUUAACAUCCAAGCUCAUCGAAGAAAUAGAAUCUGAUAAUUAUUUUCAGAUUAAGCUGAAUUAAAUUUAAGCCUACAAUAAAUAACUAUAUAACCUUAUCAAAGAUGUUCAAAAGGAAAUACCUUCACAAUAUUAGCAACUUACGACUAUCAAUAGAGUUAUCAAUUUUUAUAAAUGCAUUUUCAAAAUCUCGAUUAAACAUUUGAAUAAAGAGGAAGUGGCCAUCAUUUUUCAUCAAACCUUGGGUAAUACUGAUUAUGGGCAUCCAAUAAUUAUUUAAUUGAAAGAUACCAAAUAACAAUAAAGGUAAUAAUUUUGGAAUUAAUUUACAUAAUUAAUAUGA